AUGGAAAGGCUGAAGAUUCCAUAUUCCAAAUCAUAUGCCGAGUUUGGAACCAACCUGGAUCCCCAGUUCGCCCGCUCUCUAAGAAUAGUUGGUAUGAUCCAGAAACCGGCUCCUCAUUGUUCGGCGAUUAGAGGGUUUUCCAAGCUAUUCAAGGGUUCUGGCGAUGAGGGCGCUCUCUUCAUCUUCUUGAAGCACAAUGUGAUCGACGAAUACGAUGAAGAAUCCGAUGUUGCCGAGAGGCUUCGGAUUAGGGGAAGUGUUAGUAAUCUUGUUUGUAUCACGGGGUGGUCUUUGGUGUUGCAAACGGUGUCGCUUUUCCAUUUCUACAAAUAUGGAGUUUUAGGGGAAGCAUUUGCUACCCGACACAAACAGCGAAUCACAGAGGCUAUUCUUAAAUACAUUGCGUCUUUUUCUCCUUCCUCCCAAGAAAAGUAA